CCGGCCCACCCCGCGCGCUCCGGCCCACCCCGUGCAGAUGGAGCCCCGGUCCCAGCGGCGGCGGCGGAGCCGCCCGCUGGUGGCCGCCUUCCUGCGCGACCCGGGCUCGGGGCGCGUGUACCGGCGCGGGAAGCUGAUCGGCAAGGGCGCCUUCAGCCGCUGCUACAAGCUCACCGACAUGUCCACCAGCGCCGUGUUCGCCCUCAAGGUGGUGCCGCGGGGCGGGGCGGGGCGGCUGCGCCUGCGCGGGAAGGUGGAGCGUGAGAUCGCCCUGCACAGCCGCCUGCGCCACCGCAACAUCGUGGCCUUCCACGCACACUUCGCGGACCGCGACCACGUGUACAUGGUGCUGGAGUACUGCAGCCGCCAGUCCCUGGUUCACGUGCUGAAGGCGCGCCGGACCCUGACGGAGCCUGAGGUGCGCUACUACCUUCGGGGCCUGGUCAGCGGCCUGCGCUACCUGCACCAGCAACGCAUAGUGCACAGGGACCUGAAGCCCAGUAAUUUCUUCCUUAACAAGAACAUGGAGGUGAAGAUCGGAGACCUGGGGCUGGCUGCCCGGGUGGGGCCCACCGGUCACUGCCACAGGGUGCUCUGUGGGACUCCAAGCUUCCAGGCUCCUGAAGUCGUGUCCCGAAGUGGACACUCCUGCAAGUCUGACAUCUGGGCUCUGGGCUGCAUCAUGUACACGGUGCUGACAGGCACCCCGCCCUUUGCCGGGGCACCCUUGUCGGAGAUGUACCAGAAUAUCCGGGACGGCCGCUACCCCGAGCCCGCGCACCUGUCGCCCAGCGCCCGCAGCCUCAUCACGCGGCUGCUGGCGCCCAACCCUGCCGAGCGGCCCAGCCUGGACCACUUACUCCAAGACGACUUCUUCACCCAGGGCUUCACCCCCGAGCGGCUGCCCGCACACUCCUGCCACAGCGCGCCCGUCUUUGCCUUCCCGCCACCGCUGGGCAGACUGUUCCGAAAAGUGGGCCGGCUCCUGCUGACCCGGUGCCGGCCGCCCUGUCCCUUCACCCCAAAAGAGGCUUCAGGCCCUGGAGAGGAAGGGACAGAACCUGAUCGCAUGGAGUCCAGCCGUGAGGAAGGGGUUCCUCUCUGCGCUGAGAGCCGCGUCCACCUCCUCACUCUCGGGAUGCUGCAGACCGACCUGGCGGACCCAAAGGGGAACUUGGCACCUCAGGUGGAGGCGGCAGCCAGGAAAAUGCAUCUCUGCUUGGACGCAGGACCUAUGGCUGCACAGGACCCCCCAGGGGAGCAGCAGCCUGUCCUCUGGGCCCCCAAGUGGGUGGAUUACUCCCUCAAGUACGGCUUUGGCUACCAGCUGUCGGAUGGGGGCAGUGGCGUGCUGUUUCGGGACGGCUCCCACAUGGCCCUGCGCCCCCCAGGAGGCCAUGUCUCCUACCAAGCUGACCAAGGGACUCUGUGGACCUUCGCCCUGAGGGACGUCCCCAGCCCGCUUCGGGCCAAGCUGGCUGUCCUGCGGCUCUUUGCCUGUUAUAUGCAGAGGCGCCUGCGGGAGGAGGGGACUGUGUCCACGCCUGUGGCGCCUGCCUCUCCUGACUUCUCCCUGUUGACCUUCGCUGCCGACUCCCAGGCUUUGGUCCUGCUCUUCAGCAAUGGGACGGUGCAGGUCAGCUUCAGGACAUCCCAAACCCAGCUGGUGCUGAGUGGGGAGGGCGAAGGCUUGCUGCUCACCCUUUGGGAGCCAGGAGGACCCAGUCCGGGUAUCUCCUACUCCCUAGAUGUCCUGCGGAGCCACGGAUGCACCCCCGCCAUCCACCAGCACCUGCGCCACGGGCUGCGCCUGCUGCAGAGUGUCCGAUGAGUGUCUGAGGGGACCUCUGCAGGGUGCUGGGGACCUGGGCUCGGCGUCUGUUUGCUACAGCUGGCGUCCAUGGAGGGUGGACACACUGGGGGCUUUCUUUGAUUUUUGGUCUGACUAUUGAAGCUAGAAUUUUGUUGGGCCCUGAUGGAUUUUCAUUAAAGAAAACAUGUCCCUGUAA